AUGGACACGAUACCGAAGGACGAAAGCGUUCCUUCCUGCAGGUGCUCCAUGAAGAUCGAGGUGGUGUACCCGCUGACGGCGUUGAAUGCGGCGGAGUCGAUUGAGGCUUCCGACCCCCAGCCGGAGGGAUCGUCGAAGGCAGAGAAGCCGGACGGCGAACGGAAGGGAAGACGGGGACGGAAGGGCGCAGGGAUGAAGGGUCAAGAGAGUCGGAUCUGCGAGUACUGCGGCGCCGUCUUCUCGCCGGAGAGGAUCCGCUGCUUCUACAAGCACAUGAGGGAGCACCGUCGGGCCAAGGAGCAGGAUCUGCGGUGCACGGAGUGCGGUAAGGAGUUCCCGAACCGCAGGAGUCUCAAGUAUCACUUCACCGUCCACUCCGACGAGCGGCCGUUCAAGUGCCCCAUCUGCGAGAAGACGUUCAAGAAGAAGUUCGUCCUGAAGAGACACACUCGGACCCACACCAACUACAGGCCGUUCGUCUGCGGCGUCUGCGGGAAGAUGUUCCAGGUCCCUUGGAACUUGAAGGUGCACAUGAGGAUCCACUCGGGGGAGAGACCCUUCCACUGCGAGCGAUGCGGGAGGAGCUUCGCCUACAACUCCAUCCUGAAGGUCCACAAGUGCAAGCCCGGGCCCGGAACCCACCCACGAGGCGGCAACGGCGUCGACUGCGAUGGCAUGUGCCAGAGGGGCGGCGGUGCCGCUUCGGACAUCAGUAUCCUCCAGGCCAACGGCAUGCUCAUUCAAGCGAUCCUCAGUCGUGGAAGCGUCUGA